AUGAGUGGCCUCAGCAAUGUUGUUAAAGGGGGCUGGCAUCCCAAAGGAAAAGAAGGAAGCAAAGAAAGUUGGCGCGGUGACUUCAAGGGCAUCAAUCAAGUGGCGGGAUGGAUGGGCAAGGGCAAGGACCCCAGCUCCGAGAAAAGUGAACAUGUCUCCCAACCUUUGUCGUCUCUCAAGGACCCCGCGUCCUUUGCACCACCCCCGAAGCAUAUUAAUUACCAUGGCGCGGCCGCGGUGAACGAGACAAUCCCGGACCGACGAGGUCUAGGGGCCCCUAUGUCCCACGAGCAGAUCGAAGAACAAAACACUCGUCAUCGACAAAUGGUUGAAGCAGAGGAAGAGGAAGCUCAGAAGCCAAAGUCGCCUCCGGUGCCGUAUCGCGCGAACACAACUGGGCUAUCUACAACCAACCUGCCUCCACCUCCAGUCCGACGCCUCGACUCACCGACUUCUGCUCCUUCCGUAGGCGCAAAGCCGACCGUCGUGAAGCCAAAGCCUCAGCUGCCUCCCCGACUCCCUCCACGGAAUCAGUCGCUUUCCCAAAAUCUAUCCCCCCCGCCGCCAUACGCUGCUGUUACGCCAUCGCCUUCCCAGGGAUAUGUGAAUCAGGAGGCAGCGUCCCGCCUCGCUAACGCUGGGGUCUCAGUCCCGGAAAUCGGUAUCGGAGGAACGAGUGGAACUUCUUCAACAACACAAGCCAACGACUCACCUGUCCAAGAUUUGCAGACUCACUUCUCGCAGAUGCGCACCGAUUCAGGCUCUCCCAACAAGGGACCCCCUCCGCCAGUUCCAGCCCCGCGUCCGGCGAAUUCAGCGGACUUCCUUCCACCAGCUCCGGGAUUCCGCGACCGACAUGCCGACACAAUUGAUGCAGGGAAGAAGAAAUGGGGUGGAGUGACGUCGCGCUUCAACACUUUUGUUGAAGACCGUAAGUUUUCGGCCAAUGCGAACAAACGGAUUCCUCGACCGCCCGGGCCAAAUCCACCUGUAAGGGCACCAGCACCUGCGCCAGCAGCACCGGCGCCGCCGAACUCUUCAUCUUCAUCUACCCUGGAGACCCAAGCGCGUAAAAAGCCACCACCACCCCCUCCCAAACGAGCGGAGAUGCGUGCUGCACCAACGAUGCCCGGUGCUUUCCCUGAGCCUGAGUCGUCGUCAGUCCCGCCACCGCCUGUACCUCAUAACACCAAACCCCGCUGA